GAACCUUCCCACUUUUCUCUCUCUCUUCUCCGUCUGUCAGCUCCGUCGAUAUCUCUCGUUCGUCCUCCACUUUGCAUUUUUGGUUCUUCUCAUCACCGCCGUCGCCGUCGCCGUCGGCAGCGUUCAUCUUCCACCUUCCAGCGGUUUGGUUUCGAGCGGUAUAGCGCGUUCGAAAUGGGUUCGCCUGCUCUGAUCAGCGAGACUCAGCCGUGGAACGACUUGAAGGGCCAUGUGGAGGAGAUUAAGGGGACCCAUCUGCGAGAAUUGAUGAGCGACGCCCAACGGUGCCAGUCUAUGAUGGUCGAGUUCGAUGAUAUACUGUUGGACUACUCACGGCAGCGUGCUACUCUUGACACUGUUGACAAGCUCCUCACGUUAGCAGAGGCAGCAUCUCUCAAGCAGAAGAUUGAACGCAUGUACAAUGGAGAGCAUAUAAACAGUACAGAAAAUAGAUCAGUACUGCAUGUAGCUCUGAGAGCUCCACGGGAUGCAGUUAUUUGCAGUGAUGGCAAAAAUGUCGUCCCUGAUGUUUGGAAUGUUCUGGACAAGAUCAAAGAAUUUUCAGAAAGGGUUCGCAGUGGUUCUUGGGUUGGCGCCACUGGUAAAGUUUUGAAAGAUGUAAUAUCCAUUGGUAUUGGUGGAAGCUUCCUUGGUCCUUUGUUUGUGCAUACAGCUCUCCAGACAGAACCUGAGGCCAGUGAGCAUGCAAGAGGACGUCAGCUGCGCUUUCUUGCCAAUGUUGACCCUAUUGAUGUAGCAAGAAACACCUCGGGUUUAAGUCCAGAAACUACACUUGUUGUCGUGGUUUCGAAGACCUUUACCACAGCAGAAACCAUGCUAAAUGCUCGGACUUUGAGAGAGUGGAUUUCCGCUGCUUUAGGGCCUUCUGCAGUUGUGAAGCAUAUGGUGGCUGUCAGUACUAAUCUCCCGCUUGUUGAAAAGUUUGGCAUCAAUCCUAACAAUGCUUUUGCAUUCUGGGACUGGGUUGGUGGUCGUUACAGUGUUUGCAGUGCUGUUGGAGUAUUGCCCUUAUCGCUGCAAUAUGGCUUCCCAAUUGUUGAGAAGUUCUUGAAGGGAGCUCAAAGCAUUGAUCAGCAUUUCUAUUCGGCACCAUUCGACAAGAACAUACCUGUGAUUUUAGGUUUGUUGAGCGUCUGGAAUGUUUCGUUUCUAGGAUACCCAGCAAGAGCCAUCUUACCAUACUCUCAAGCCUUGGAGAAAUUUGCCCCGCACAUACAACAGGUCAGCAUGGAGAGUAAUGGCAAGGGGGUAUCAAUAGAUGGUGUGCCACUUCCAGGUGAGGCCGGCGAAAUAGACUUUGGUGAACCAGGAACAAAUGGGCAGCAUAGUUUUUACCAACUAAUUCACCAGGGUCGUGUUAUUCCCUGCGAUUUUAUCGGCGUUGUGAAGAGUCAGCAACCUGUCUACCUCAAAGGUGAAGUGGUGAAUAACCAUGAUGAGCUCAUGUCGAACUUCUUUGCACAACCAGAUGCCCUAGCAUAUGGGAAGACCCCAGAACAGUUACGAAGGGAGAACGUUCCUCAUCAUCUUAUUCCUCAUAAGACUUUCACGGGUAAUAGGCCUUCUCUGAGUCUUCUGCUCCCAUCCCUGACUGCCUAUAACAUUGGACAGUUACUGGCGAUCUAUGAACAUAGAGUAGCUGUGCAAGGUUUCAUAUGGGGCAUCAAUUCCUUCGACCAGUGGGGAGUUGAGUUAGGAAAGUCCCUGGCAACUCAAGUGAGGAAGCAACUUCACGCAACUCGUGUGAAAGGAGAACCAGUUGAAGGCUUCAAUUGCAGUACUACAACAAUGAUGACAAGAUAUCUGGAGGCAAGUUCAGAUGUUGCCCUCUGAUCCCCCAACUCUGUUGCCUCGGAUAUGACGGGAAUCCAUCAAAAUCGAAUGAGAUAUUUCGCUUCUGUAUUUCUGAAUGAUCUCUUCCUCUGGACUUGAGGAUCAUGUGUUCACGUGUUACAGACCCUCGUACUUGAAACAUUUUGAACUUUCAAGUAAUUUUGCCAGCAUAGGCAAAUAAUUAAUGACAUCUCUAGUGACCCAAUGACAUCCAUCUGACAAAUUGAUCAAAUAAUCAGGCAAGCAACAGAUUUCGUGUUUUGAGA